GCUGUGUCUGUUGUCUGCGUCAGCUUGACGCUGCUACGUAGCAGACUGUGAGGGAUCCUCUGCUGAGGUGUUUUGGUCCCAAAAUGACAGCGAGGAAGUCAGGCUCACGGCUGGAGACCGAGAUAGAGCGGUGCCGUUCAGAGGGCCAGUGGGAUAAGAUACCGGAGUUAGUGCGGCAGCUCUCGGCUAAACUAAUAUCCAACGAUGACCUAGGGGAGCUGUUGUUGGGGGAAUGCAAGCUUCAGACAUACCUGAAGGAGAAUCCAAUCAAACAGGGAGCCAGUCCAAGGGGCCCGCGACCUAAACUGGUGGAGGUCAGGAAACACCUCACUGCUGCUCUGGACAGAGGAAACCUCAAGGCCGACUACCUCCAGGAAGCGAGCCUGCUCAUGGCCAAACUCUGCUAUGUGGAGGGAGAAUACAGAGAUGCUUUAGGUCACUACAGCAGGGUGAACAUGGAGGACAUGCAGUUGGCGGGAGCUCCUGUUUAUAGGCUGUCUAUGAUAGCAGAGGCUUACGCUACUAAAGGUCUGUGUCUAGAGAAAGUCCCAGCUGCCUCUCCAUCUUUGUCCAAUAAGAACACUGGAUCUCCUUCAUCCAAUAGGAGCACAACGGAUCGAGAUCAGGAAAUCAUCACCUGCUAUGAGAAGUCUGGAGACAUCGCUCUGCUCUACCUGCAGGAGGCUGAAAAGGCGUUGUCAGCUGGAAUUCAAAACCGCAGCCCAAAGCCCGGCCCAGUGGCCCAGGAACAGGAACUGGGCUACUUCCUGGAGACAGGCCUGCAGAGAGCCCAUGUCAUCCACUUCAAGAAUGGCAACCUAACACACGGUGUGGGCCGAUUUCGAGAGAUCCUUCGGGCUAUUGAGACCAGAACUACCCAGAACCUGCGCAUGACCAUAGCCAGACAGCUUGCAGAGAUCUUGCUCAGAGGAAUGUGCGAACAGAGUUACUGGUCUCCUCUGGAAGACCCACCCACCGUGUCACCAUUGGAUGAUCACACACGGCAAGGACACACUCACAGCAAGAACUACAGCUUAAGCCGACGCCCACGAAUGUACUCGGGAGAGAAUCUGUUUUGCCCUCAGGAGAACACAGAAGAAGCUUUGCUGCUGCUCCUCAUCAGUGAGUCCAUGGCUAACCGUGACGCUGUCCUGAGCAGGAUCCCUGAACACAAUAAUGAUCGCAUCAUCAGCCUACAGUCUGCCUCUGUGGUGUACGACCUGCUGACUAUAGCUCUGGGCAGGAGAGGGCAGUACGAGAUGUUGUCAGAGUGUUUAGAGAGAGCCAUGAAGUUUGCCUUUGAGGAGUUCCAUCUGUGGUACCAGCUCGCCUUGUCGCUAAUGGCAGCAGGGAAAUCAGCUCGUGCUGUCAAAGUUCUUAAGGAGUGUAUUCGUCUAAAGCCCGAUGACCCCACCAUCCCGCUGCUGGCUGUCAAACUGUGUAUCGGACCCCUGCACUGGUUGGAUGAGGGGGAGUGCUUUGCAAAGACAGUGAUUGAUAUGGGAGAGAAAGCAGCUGAGUUCAGAGCCAAAGGCUACUUGGCCAUUGGGCUGGUUUACAGCCUCAAAGCCACUGAUGCAUCAUUGCGAAGCACACAGGAGGAGUACCAGAGGAAAGCUUUGGGAGCCUUCCAGAGAGCUCAGAGUCUGUCUCCUACUGACCAUCUAGCAGCCUUCUACUUGGCACUGCAGCUGGCUGUGUCCAGACAGAUUCCAGAGGCACUAGGAUAUGUUCGACAGGCGUUGCAGCUUCAAGGGGAUGAUGUUCACUCCCUUCAUCUGCUGGCCCUGCUGCUCUCUGCACAGAAACACUACCACGACGGUCUCAAUAUUAUAGAGAUGGCCCUGUCCGAAUACCCCGAGAACUUCAAUCUGCUGUAUACCAAGGUGAAGUUGGAGACGAUGUGUAGAGGCCCAGAGGAAGCUCUGCUUACCUGUAAACAUAUGCUGCAGAUAUGGAAGAGCUUUUACAACCUUACCAACCCCAGUGAUUCGGGGCGUGGCAGCAGUUUAUUGGAUAGAGCCAUAGCAGACAGACGACAGCUCAACGCCAUGACUCUGCCUGACUUCAGUGACCCUGAUACUGUCUCAGGUUCUUCUUCUUCUCACUCUGGUUCUGAACCGGUCUCCCCAUCCACAAUGUCCACCUUCUCCUCCUUGCUCUCCUCCCCGCUGUCCUCCCCUUCCUCCCCUGUCUUCAUCUUUCACCAUCCUGUCCCUCCUCCCAGAGACCCCUCCUUCUUACCUCCUCCCCCUUCUCCUACUCCUACUCCUCCUUCUCCUGUGCCCUCCAAGACCAGGACUCACUCCUUUUGCAACCACGUCACUCUGCGCCAGCUCUCCUCCAAUUGCGGCCUUCAGGACGCCACUCUAGGUUUUUCCUCCAUGUUUUCUGUUUGUUCGGUGCAUGCUACAUCUAUAGCAGCCAGUCGUGUAGAGCAGGCUCUAUCUGAGGUAGCCUCCUCCCUGCAGAGCAGCGCCCCCAAACAUGGACCCCUUCACCCCUGGAUGACCUUAGCUCAGAUCUGGCUGCACGCAGCUGAGGUGUACAUCGGCAUGUCGAAGCCCGCCGAGGCCUCGGCCUGCACGCAGGAAGCCGCCAACCUCUUCCCCACCUCCCAUAACGUGCUGUACAUGAAAGGACAGAUAGCCGAGCUGAGAGGCAACAUAGACGAGGCCAAACGCUGGUAUGAAGAAGCCCUGUCCAUCAACCCGACGCACGUCAAGACCAUGCAGAGACUGGGUCUGAUUCUCCACCAGCUGCAGCGCUACAGUCUGUCUGAAAAAGUGCUGAGGGAUGCCGUGCAGGUCAACAGUACGGCUCAUGACGUGUGGAAUAGCCUGGGCGAGGUGUUGCAGGCUCAGGGCAACGCCGCCGCUGCCACAGAGUGUUUCCUCACCGCCUUGGAACUGGAGGCCAGCAGCCCCAUUCUGCCAUUCACCAUCAUACCUAGAGCACUAUGAGACACACACACACACACACACACACACCACACACAUACACACACACUCACAAAUAUAGCCUAAGUACUGUAGCACAGUGGCACAAAUGAUGGACCUGUAAGCUGCACACACUCCAUACACACACACAGCAUGCCUGCAUGCCACUUGCACAACGUUUUACUGCCAUACCUUCAGACACACACACGCAGACACACACGCACACACACACACAGUGUAUACAAAUACAUGUAAUACAAAUAAAUAUACGUAGACGCUUCACCCCGCCUGCCCACCCCUUCCCACAAUUCUUUGCUGUGGCUGUGAACCCUAACCACAUGCUGCAGCUGAAGUGAAAGAGAUACACCUUCAGCAUGUCCGAUGCCACACUGCUGUGUGUGUGUGUUUGUGUGUUGAGAUGCACUUUUUGUGUGCCUGUUUUGUGCCCGUGCAUGUACACCCAUGUUUGUGUAUGUGUGCCAACAUGUGGCCUGUGCAUACUUGUGUCUGCUAUGUGAUUUAUAGUAUGAUGUGUGUGUUUGUCCCAUUUAAAGAUGUAAAUAAGAUCCAAUUUGAGUUACUGCUCUGCCAUUUCUAGCAUUCAGAAGCCUAAGCAUUAACAUUUUGUUUACAUGUUAUUUAGUCCAAAAACUCACACACACACACACACACACAGAGUUUAUUUUCCUUUCGCACACUGAGGGUAAAUCCAGCAAAUUUGACAAUAAUAAAUUAUGAGCAGGUAAGCGGUUUUCUCUAUAAGCCAAACAGUACUGAUAAUCUUCAUUUACUCAAACAAAACACACACACACACACACACAGUCACUUGUUGCUGUUUAUAUGGAGAGGAUCACAGUUACUGUAUGGCUGGCUUAGGACAGCCAGUUCCUAGGAAUCUACUGGAACACAGACAGACAUGAUCAACAGAUCACGGAAGAAUCAAUCAAUAUAUUAAGUCUAAAUGCCAAAACGUGGGCUGCAUUUACACACACAGGAGACUGGAUUUAUAACAGCACUUUUUUUGGAGUUAAAGCACACUUUAUCUUAUAUGUAAAGCCUUUACAAGCUCCCUUGUUUAAUCAUAUUUUCAUGACAUUCUAGGAUUUUACAAAGGCUCUCAAUGUAUCAAUGUAUGUAGUAUUAUUCAAUUUCCCCAUGGGAACCAUUUAAAGUUAAAGGGAUACCUUUAUUUUGCUUAUUUGCCAAGAGUUAGACGAGAAGAUAGAUACCACUUUCAUGUCUGUAUGCAAAAUAUGAAGCUACAGCCAGCAGCCGGUUAGCUUAGCUUAGCACAAAGGCUGGAAAAGGGGGGAAAUCCUCCUAACAGUACUUCUAAAGUUAGUUUAAUCUGUGCAAAAAAACCUAAAAAGACAAUGUACCGUUCAAAUAAACAAGAUAAAAUGUGUAAAGUAGUGAGCUUUAGAUGUGUUGGUAGGCAGCAGCUUUUGUUACGUUCGGACAGAGCCAUGCUAGCUGUUUCCCCUGUGUUUCCAGCCUCUAUGCUAAGCUAAGCUAACUAGCUGCUGU